UAUCGCGGGUUGGACAGUAAGUUUUUUUUUUCAAAUAUAAAUUUGAUUAUUCUUGAAUUAAAAAUGAUCAUUAUUGGUAGUAACUUAAGAUGGAAAAUCAAGUUACCAUUUUCUUUACUUUUUUCCAAUGCAAGGUUAAUCCAGUGAAAUACGGCGACAAUCAAACAAGGUUCUUCAUUUACGCAAACGUAAGAUAUAUAGCAAAAUGUGACUUCGAGUAAUUAUUUUACUUAGGGAUAGUUUGUUACCAAUAUAUGUCAAUAUGAAUUGAAGUCCAAAUUACUUAUUGAUUAACUAAUCAAUCAACGAUUUUAUCAUGAUCAAUUUACAGGCAGGCGAUAAACAUUGUUUCGACUCAGAAUGUGGAUUUGUAGUAACAAGAUCAGAUAUUCCCCUCAACUUUGUAAUGUCUCCAUUAUCCAACAUUACAGGACCAAUUUACGCAAGCUCUUUCUUUGUCUAUCAGGAUGAGAAGAAUGGGAAUUAUUAUCUCCAAGAAGGAAAGGACAACGUCGAACUCGGGUUUUGGCCGAAGGAUAUAUUCGUAGGGCUAGCAAAUGGUGCAACAUAUGCAGGAUGUGGAGGAGAAGUAAAAACUGAAGGCACUGUAAAACCUAUAGAUGCACCAGUUAUGGGAGCAGGGACAUAUCCUGAUGUACUUCCAGAAAAGACGAAUUUCGCGUAUUGCAAAUUCCAAGUGGUAGAUGAGGCUCAUAAUAUUGUCACAACUCCAGAUCUUGAAGAGUUUACAAAUAAUAAAGAGUAUAAUGCUGUUGUUACAAAUCAGGAAAAUGCUAAAUUUAUUUACUUUGGUGGACCUUUUCCUGUUAAUGUUUAGUUUGAUGUACUUUGAAUGAAAACUAAUAAAAUUUUAUUUAGCU